AUGCGGGCGUCGGCGUUGAGGCCGGCAAAGGCGAGGCAGACGUGCGUGUCGAUGAGGCCGAUCUUGGAGGGGGUGAUGCGGGUGUCUUGGAGCUUCAUGGCCGAGCGCUUCUCGCAGCCGAGGACGACGACAUCUUGGCCUUUGACGCCUACGGCGCAGGUUCCUCGCUUGACGGCCUCGCCGGCGUAUUCGACUUGGAAGACGUGGCCGUCGGGACUGGGGAGGGGGGGGAUUUCUGGGGGUUUGGAUGUUAAUUCUGGAGGUUCGAGUACUGGUUCGGAGGUUUAG